UGUCAAAAAUUUCGAACUGUCAAAAGUGACGUGCCACUUGACUGGCUUGACUGGCAACUCUCUUUUUUGACUCCAUCUUGGACCGCGUGGACAUCUUUUCCGAAAGGCAACCAAGACAAGCUUAAAUAUGACAAACUCAAAGGGUUAUCGUCGCGGCACCCGAGACAUGUUCUCGCGUCCCUUCCGUAAGCAUGGUACUAUCCCACUUUCCACUUAUAUGCGCGUCUUCAAAAUUGGUGAUAUUGUGGACAUUAAAGGUCAUGGUGCUGUGCAAAAGGGUAUGCCCUACAAAGCUUACCACGGCAAAACUGGUCGUGUGUACAACGUUACCCCACAUGCCGUUGGUGUCAUUGUAAACAAACGUGUGCGCGGUAAGAUCCUACCUAAGCGUAUCAAUGUACGCAUUGAACAUGUGCACCACUCCAAGUGCCGUGAGGAUUUCCUGCGUCGCGUGAAGGAGAACGAGCUUAAGCUUAAGGAAGCCAAGGCUAAGGGUGUAUACGUGAACCUGAAACGUCAGCCAAAGGCACCAAAGCCAGCGCAUUUCGUCAAACAGAUUGCAGAGCCUAUCCAAUUGGCACCAAUUCCAUAUGAAUUCAUUGCUUAAGCUGGGUUUCUUAAUAUAUGUAAAAGCUGUUUUUUAGAAAGUACGAAAAAAUAAAUAGAUUCUAAUUCUAUAGAAAA